UCUAGAACCAUGUAUCUAUCGUGUUGUUCGGCUCGGCUGAAUCAACUUCUGCUCCGCUGCCACCGAUUACAAGCAUCUUCCAUCUCAUCUUCGCAUCGCCACUCAUGCAGAAACCAACCCGUUCUGGCAGCAGACGUUGCCCAUUCUAUCCAGAUACUGAUCAAUCUUCCAGCACCGCAGAGAUUGCUGCAAAUGCACCUCGCUAUAGGCGUAAGAGCAGCACUUUAUUUGACGGGAUCCACGAUGUCCCUGAAGAUGGCAACAGGGCACCUGCCCAGCUGUAUAGCACAAUGUCAGGACGGCUCUUCCAUUCAGGCCGCAUUGCUAUAAUCAUGGUUGGGCUUCCAGCCCGAGGUAAAACUCAUAUAUCCGUAUCUAUGGCACGUUAUCUGCAAUGGCUAGGCGUCAAGACCCGGAUUUUUCAUCUUGGAGAUUAUCGUCGUGCGACCCUUGGUCAAAACAAUGAUGUGCCUGAUGAUUACUUUUACCCGGAUGCCUCGCCUGCGUCCGUUAUGUUACGGCAGAAGAUCCUCAAGAAGUGUCGCGAGGAUAUUUAUGCCUGGCUUAAUCAUGAGAACGGGCAGGUGGCUAUCUAUGACGCUGUAAACCCGACAGCCACAGGCCGUCGAUCCUUGGCCAAAGAAUUUGCGAAACACGAUGUUCAAACACUGUUUCUUGAAUCAUACGUCGACGACGAUAACAUCCUUCGUGAAAAUGCCCGAAAUGUGAAGAUUGGGUCUCCUGAUUUUGCCAACAUAGACCCAGACGAAGCAGCAAAAUUGUACCUCGAACGGAUGGGAAGAAAGAUACCCAUAUUCGAGACCAUGAACGAGAAGGAGUUAAACUAUAUCAAAAUGAUCAAUGCAGGGCAGAAAUUCUUCUACAACAAUGUGUCUUUCAAUUACCUUUCCCAUCGUAUCGUGUUUUAUCUUACCAACACUCACAUCAAAUCACGCGCUACCUAUUUUGUCCGAGCUGGCGCAGCUCAGGGAGAAGAGAGCUACAAGGCAGAUGCCCCUCUCUCUGCGGAAGGCAUCAGAUAUGCCCAAGUCAUGGCCGAGACGUUGAUAAAGCAUCGAGAGCGGGCACAUGCCGAGCUUGUUUCGCAAGGGGGGGGCAACAUCCCCAUGCGCCAACUUACAGUCUGGUGUUCGACGCGAGUACGAACCCUGCAGACGGCCGACGCCUUUAAAGAUCGAGGAUUCGAAGUUCGCCAGCGCACCCAAAUGUCCCAAAUCAAUCCAGGCGUCUGUGAGCGGCUGAGCGAGCGUGCUAUUCGUCGCCUCUACCCGGAAGAAAUUGAAAAGCACGAGCUUGAUCCGUACCAUCACCGGUACCCGCGAGCCGAAUCGUACCAUGAUUUGGCAGUGCGGUUGGAGCCCAUUAUUUUAGAGCUGGAGCGCGAACAGAACGAUCUCGUGGUUAUUGCUCACGAAAGUGUUCUGCGUGUUCUAUACGCGUACCUCAUGCAUUGUAGCACGAUGGAUAUUCCUAAGCUCAAAUUUCCUCGGGACGAAAUCAUUGAGAUUAUCCCGGCAGCCUAUCAAAACGAGGCUAGGCGUAUUCACAUCCCUGGCCUCGACCCCAACACCGUCCCCGGCUCGCCCGAGGAUAUCCGCAUCCCUGUCCCCGAAAGCCGUGGCGGUACUGAUACACCCAGCCUACUACCCGACCCCGCAAUCUCGACCCCUGUCGAACCCAAGAGCCUCAACUUCGACCGGCCUCCGGAGAAGGUGAUAAACGCGGCAGCUGACGCGGUGAGAGAUAAAAUAGCCGACGAAGACUGAAGACAAUAGACUGGAUGAUUAUCCUUAGCUAGUAGGUAGAUAGCCAAGUAGCCUCGUACGAGUCGCUACAAGGUUUCAGCUAGGCUUAUCAAGAAACCGAAGUUGUAUGUUAUUGAGGAGGGGUAAUAUAUAUAGUAUUGAGGCACUAUUAUUUGGUCUGAAUGGCACGUAACGUCUGCAAUGAUAGAUGUAACUCAUGGGUUUAGUCACUCAAGGAAUUGUGACUAAUACUUUUUUCUUUCCU